AUGAGAAACCCACUGCUUUUUAAGGCGAGACAGUCUGGUAGUCAACACACACCUCACCAGCAACUUCCACCGCCACCACAAGAUCCACUCCCCUUCAGACCCUCACAAUGCGUCCAUCUCUCUUGGUCAGUCUCAUAGUGGUGGUAAUGCUGGACGUCGCAGUGCCUCCAUGCAAGGCAGGCUCCACCCUCAACAAGCUUCUCCCUCAGGCUGUCGACGCCAUAGUUUUUAUGGUCGGGCAACCCGGUGCAGGUGUCUCUUUUCUGGGCAACCCAUGUCUGGUGGAAACAAAUAAACAAGAAAACGGCUCCUACACUGCAAAGAUGUCGUGUGCUCCUUGGACAAAUGUUGUUGGGGAAGCCAGAAGCAUGGUUGAACUCCAGGCGACUAAAAGCUCUAUCAGAAACUUUAUGAUGACGGCAUCAGAUUACAAGCUGUUCACCAUAGAAGAAGUCACGGACUGGCUAGCUUCCUACUAAGACUCUCAUCUAACAUGGUUUCCGAGUCCAUGAAGGAUGCCUUGCCAGAAACCAUCAAAAGUUGUUUGAUUACAGAGGAGAAAACUUAAACUAUUGAAAAUUAACUCAUAAAUGCUUGAGUUUUGCUGUUCCAGCCCCAUUAUAGUUGAUUUUGGAACUCCUUUUAAGUCAUGUCGGUUAGGUUAUAUGUUCAGAGAACAUUGGGCUAUGAAAAGUACACAACAACACUGUUCAGGAAUUGGUAAUAAUGACACCAUUGCAUCUGUAUCGACAUAAUUAAGAUAAAAAAAUCAAUAUUUCUAUAAUAUCUUUGUUAUGUUUAAUUGUAUGAUUGAUUGAUUAAUUUAAAAAGGAUUUUGAUUAUGAGAUUAAUUGUAUACCACCAUGCAUCCAAAAUAUAAAACCAUCAUUAUUUA